CUUUUUAUAUUCAUCUGUAAUUCUCACUCAAAUCCCUCCCUUUGCCAGUCGUUAUUCAGUAUAGCUCAUGCUGCUACUCCACCAUCCCAGCCACGAGUAUUUCCAAAUAUUGUUGAACUUGAGGGAUUGUACAAGAUUGGUGUUUUGAAGGUGGAAUGUGCUGCACUGCAACUAGUUGGCUUUGAUGAGUCAAUUCAUCGGGCAGUUAAGAGGGUACAGAUGGCAAAAGUACCCCAGAAGCCUGCGAAAUACUUUUCUACUAUGUUAAUUGUGCUACGAAUGGUGGAGGAUCGGCGAGGAUAGAGAGAUAUUAACUGGUAAUGGUAUGAUUGUUGCAAUUCUGUUUAGGUUCAUACUCGUCCGAAAGUUGGAAGUUUGAACUUUCUGAGCCUAGGCCAGGUUCUCGGACUCCAGGUUUUACGGAAGAUAAACAUCUGUGUCAAUGCUG